AGAAAGUAGUUGCAAACGCAAAGGUAUAGAUACUACUCGUAUAAUUAUAAGACCUUUCAAAGAAAAAUAGGUUGAGGUGCUUUUUCUUAGUGAGAGCCCCGCUUCUAAUUUCUGGCACUGGGUUUGUCAACGACCAUCUGGUUACCUGUCCCGUUUACAAAGAACUUGUUGCUACUUCUGCUGCGAGAUAGCGCAACUACUGGUGCUACCUCUACCUAAGACCACAAAUAAUACUGCUAGACGAGUUGAGAAGUUUAUUUAACACACAAGAACAAGACAGAAACGGAAGAACACAUGAAGAUCGUGCAUCGAUCCUGGUAGCUGCCUGAGAGAGGCUCGCGUCAUGACCUUGAGAUUAUGACUACUUUGUCGAAAACGAAAUCUUAAUGUUCGGGCAGACGAAGCAAGUGUACUUCUACAAGAACAAGAAGAGAUAAAUGGCUUGUAGUUUGUUCAAGAACAAGAGAUAAGAUGAGGCAAAUGUACUACAAGAACAUGCUGUAACUUCUUGAGUCAUCUACUAAAAAACUGUUGAUGCGUAAUUGUUGAUUGACAUGCUCCAAGAACACUUCAAUAUCAGGCUUUCGUAUCAGACCUUUUUAAAAUCGUGACGACGUAUAGAUACCAUUGAGAAAUUCGAGUUGAAAAUUAAAUAGAGUAACCUCAUUAUCAUUUUUUACUGUUAAUCAAUUGUUUUACUUAGGAGCCAGAUCAACAAGAUGAUACCUCCUCCAAGGUCUAGUACCCCGUCGACAUCCUCGUCAUCUGCCGCGACGUCCUCUUCAGCAACAACAUGCGCAUCCACAUCCCCAGUUGCAGUUGUUCCAGCGUUAUCUCAGCUCUAUGCUCGAAUCGUGUCCCUUAUCGGCAUAACACUUUUCCUAGGAACCCUAUACGCUGGUCCAGAUUCUUCCAAACUCUUCUUUUGGCAUCCUUUUUUCGCGAUCCUCGGAGUCCUGCCCCUUGGAACUUCCGGGAUUUUCAUCAAUAUGCACAAUCACAAGCUGAAGGGUGCAUACAAGGGACAAGUUAACAGUGGCAGCGAUGGUGCACCAGGAUCGAGCGACGUUUUGAAUAAAUACCUCUUUUUCCCGAACAUUUGGCACAAUGUGUUGAUGCUGUGUGCUGUCGUAGCGAUGUUGGUGAGCUUUGGAGCUAUCUAUACGAAUAAAGAGAGGAUGGGCAAGCCGCACUUUACGUCGAUUCACGGAAAAGUCGGAUUGAUGGUGGUUGUUGUUAAGGCGAUGAUGUAUGCAGAUAGACAAAUGGAACGGAUAGAUACACUAACAGCAUUUAGUUGUACUCUUCUACCUCUACGUCUACCUACAAGAACUUAAAGCUACUAUAAAUAUUUAGAUUUACAACAGAUGAGCGUGGUGGCGGACGUAGGGCUCAACGUCGCGCCGUCUGCAUCUACUUGCGUUAGUUUCGGGUCGUACAGUUUCAGUAAGAAAAUAGAUACCACUUGUUGUUCUAAUCUCAGCUACACCCUGAUCGCUGCAACUUCCGUCGUCCUUCUCUGGGGCUAUCCGCAGAAACUACCAUCAUCAAGAGUAGUUGCUUUCUUGAAGAUCCGUCUCGGAAUCGUCAUGCGGAGCAUUGCCUCACUCCAUCGAGUCGCUGGAAAGCUAUGCUAUGUGGCGAGUCUUGGUGUCAUGGCAUUAGGUUGGUGGGCGAUACAUGCGGGAGCAAAAUGGGACUCGUCAGAUGCGACGUUUUUCGAAAAUGUCAGUGUCCUUGCGCCGAAGUACCUAGGAACGGUUUUGUUUGCAUUACCGGUAUUUCCACUGAUAUCUGCGGGAAUCUCUGACUCUGUGAAGAGAAGAUAGCACACACUCAAAGACUCGGAAUUUUGAACGCAUGAUUAGUUACACAGCGCAAGCGACAAACACAAAUUUGACAACAUUUCAUUGUGAAUGUGCUAUACCUAUACGCUUGCUUCAGCAAUAAACUUCUCUUUGUGACCACGAUGCUGAACAUUGGAGAGACUACAUGAAUGCAAUACAAAAGCAGGAGCGAGUGCUGCUGCAGCGGAACUACGUAUGUAUGUAUGUAUGAAUGUAUGUAUUUCGUUCAUCUAUGGAUCAAUGGCAAUCCAUA